AUGUAUACCUGUAUUUGUGUCUAAUCACCUAAAUUCAAUUUUUGAGGACCAAGUUCUCCUUACUUUGGUUAGAUCUGGUAUUGAUUUGUUGAUGAUUUAUUGUCUCUUAAUGGUUUUAUAACUCUAUCCAGAAUAUAGAAGGUAGAAUGGCAGUUACAGGAUAAGUUCAUAAAAUAGGUAGCACCAGAUUAAUGGUACUUAGCCCAUUUUGUCUAUCUUCCGCAGAAAUUAUUUAUGGUAUCUAAUUACUUAAAAGGUAUUUUGGAAGGCCAUAGUAUCCAGAAGUUGUUCAUAGCUAUGAAAACCUUGUAUGCCCAUCAAAUACAUACAUUUUCUGAUUGUAAGUAACCCUCCUCCCCGCCAUUCGUUCUGGGGCUUAAUUUUUUCGACAUUGAACUUAUUUGCAAUAGAUGUAACAUCAUGUUCUCAAUUACACCUCAACCAUCAACUUCUAAACAUGCUGAUGAAUUGGAAUCCUCACCGUCUUCUCCCGAAGAAGCUGGACACAUAAGAAAAAAGAAAAAAAUCAUAUAAAGUCCUAUACUCAGAAAUACGAGUAUACCUACCGCUGCAUGGGAACAAGAACCUGAAUUUAAAGGUUGGCUGAGGAGCAGCAAGAAAGGGUCCAAUUAUGCAUUCUGCAAGGCAUGCAAUAAAAAUUUUAUAUGUGGCAAAUCAGAAAUCCAGAAACAUUCUUCAGGAAAACCACACACCAAAUUGGUAAAAUCAUUACACACACAAAAAACUUUGACUGAUAUUACAUCUUAUAUGGAAAAAAUAUCUUUAAAUAACAAAAUCAAAACUGCUGAAAUUCGAAUUGCAGCAUAUGCAGCUGAACAUAACAUUUCAUGUAAUACCUUGGACCAUUUAUCAAAAAUUAUUAGAAUAUCAUUUGACGAUUCAGAGAUUGCUAAAAAUUUCACAUAUUUUCGCACCAAAGCUACAGCUAUUGUCAAUCAUGUUUUAGGGCAGUACAGUUUUGGAAAUUCUAUUAAUUUAUUAGUGGCACGUAUUUUUUAUGAACAUAAAAUUACUGA